UCAGAAAUCAAAAGAAAAAGAAUAUUUGUUGUCAAGUUGAGGGUUAUUUAAAAGCUUAAACAAGAAUAUGGUCCAUACAAAUGUAUUAAAAAGAUCUUAAUAAUUGUGUGAGCCGUAUUUCUGAAAGUUAAAGAAACUUUAGUCGUAAACAUGGAUUCAGUGUUUAUGAAACCGGUGCAACCUCACGUAUUCAAAGCACUUAAAGAUGUUGAUAUACCAGCACUUGUUAACUGUUCUUCUGAUGAAAUAAGACCUAUUAUCCCCUGUCUCGUAAGGAUGGCCCUCAUAGCGCCAUUGGACGUGACAAGGUACUGCGCCGAGGCAAAAAAAGAUAUACUGACUAUUUUAUCUGGAAUAGAUUUGGUAAAUUUCAUUGUUUCGUUACUAUCUAUCGAAUUUCACGCACUUGAAGUUGAUCUUAAGAAAGAACAGCAAAUGCGACAAAAAAAUGGUUCUCAAAGCGCAGACUCAUUUUUAAUUCAGAAUGUGGUCAAUGGAAUAGCAAAUGACUUUGAACAGUCCGAUUCUGCUAGAAGGGUACGGCUGGUUCUCUCUGAAUUAUUACAAAUGCAAGCACAAUUGGCAGAAUAUAAUCAGAUUAAAAACUGUAAUGCUGAAUCUUCAUUCAAGGCAUCUGAACUUUUUGAUAAUGAAGUGUACCUUGAAGAAAUAACAGAUGUCAUUUGUAUAAGUCUUGCAGAGUUACCCAAUUUGCUCAAUAUUUGCGAUAUAGUUGAAGUUCUUCUUUAUGUAAACAAAGGACCUGUUAUCAUAUCUUGGGUUGUUGCAAACAUGCCAGAUACUUUACUAGAAGUUGCUGAAUCACUUGUAAUAAAUGCUGAAAGAGGUGAAGAAGGCGGUAUCAGAGCUAAAACUUUGUCAACAUUAUGUGAUGCUUGCCCAUUUAUAGCAGCAGCAGUAAGGGCUAAGGCUGUUACUUCCUCUCGUUUACCAUGUCUAGUUAUCAAUCUAACUUUAACACAUCAUCGGGAUGACUUGGUAUCCUUUGUGUCUGGACUUUUGUUAGGCUCUGAUCAGACCUCUAGAGCUUGGUUUGCAACAUUUUUACGCAAUUCACACAAAAGGGGUAAAGGCGAUGGGCACACUGCAUUAGUAAAGUUACGCCAAGAACUAUUAAAUAGACUGAAAGAAGCCACUGCUGGGGUAGAGGCCUCAGCAUUGCUAAGAUUGUAUUGUGCACUAAGAGGAAUUGCGGGAAUAAAAUUCCAAGAUGAUGAAGUAUCUGGACUUUUGAGACUUGUUACACAGAAACCUCCACCGACUCCUGCUGGAGUUAGAUUCGUAUCUUUAAGUCUUUGUAUGAUACUUGCUUGUCCAUCAUUAAUGGCUGCUGCAGAUCAUGAAAAGAAAGCAAUAGAAUGGGUACAGUGGCUAGUAAAAGAAGAGGCAUAUUUUGAAAGCAACUCUGGUGUUACGGCGUCUUUUGGGGAAAUGUUGCUUCUUAUUGCAAUUCAUUUUCAUUCGGGACAACUUGCUGCUGUGGGCGAAUUAGUUUGCGCAACUCUUGGUAUGCGCGUACCCGUUCGGCCAAAUGGCUUAGCACGAAUCAAACAAGCAUUUACUCAAGAAAUUUUCACUGAACAGGUUGUUACUUCACAUGCUGUCAAAGUUCCAGUUACUGGAAAUCUUAACAGUAAUAUCACUGGUUAUUUACCAGUGCAUUGUAUUCAUCAGCUACUCAAGUCACGAGCCUUUUCAAAACACAAGGUACCAAUAAAGAAUUGGAUAUACCGUCAGAUUUGCAACUGUACGGCCCCGUUACAUCCAGUAAUGCCCGCGCUUGUAGAGGUUUACGUGAAUUCUAUUCUUGUAAUAAACAACAAAGGCACAAAUGAAUACUUCAACAAACCGAUAGCAGAAGAGGAAAUAAGAAAAGUUUUUAGAAAUUCCAUUUUCGGUGUUAAUUUCGACACAGAAAAUAAACCAUUCACUCCCACUCCCGAUGGGGAAUCUUCAAUGGAAAUGAAUAUGGAGAAACCCACAUUGGCAUCACAAUUACUACUAAUAUAUUACCUUCUUCUAUAUGAAGAUGUUAGAUUGGCUAACUCGGCCACUCUUUUAGCUAAUGGAAGAAAAAUAAAAAGUUAUUCCUCAGCAUUUCUGUCUGAAUUGCCCAUAAAAUAUUUAUUGCACCAAGCUCAGAAAGAUCAAAUGAGUUACGGUGGACUUUUUAGUCCAUUAUUACGUUUAUUAGCUACUCAUUUCCCACAACUAUCUCUCGUAGACGAUUGGAUGGACGAUCAAGUGUUUGGAGAUACUUGUCGUCAUCAAGUAGAUGUUAACAUUUCCGAGGUAUCAAUACAUGAAGCAUUUCAGUGCAUUGAGGAAAAUCCAUACAAAACUGGUAAAAUCCUUAAAGCUAUGCUGAAUAAAAACCCGACCGACAUAUGGCCUUUUGCUGAAAUAUUUGUCAGAUAUUUUAAAAGUGUGCUCGGCGACCAGGUUCCGAGACAUAUACAAGAUCUUUAUCGCGAAGUUUGGCUGCGACUAAACACAGUUCUACCGAGGUGUCUGUGGAUAAUGACUAUAAACGCUCUACUAGACAUUAAUAAUGGUAACAGUAGAAAUGUUACAAUUACUCAAGAAAACGUUUUAGUGGAUCCACUACAAGUUUUACGGUGUGACAUUAGAGUAUUUAGAUGCGGACCGAUUUUGAAAAUUAUCCUUAGGAUUUUAGAAGCCAGUUUAGCAGCAUCUAGAAGUCAACUAUGCCGUCACCUAUUAGAUAAGCCAAUGUUGGAGAAGAGUGGUCAGUUAACGUCCGAUGCGGAACGAGAAGAAUUAAAGAACGCUUUAGUAGCCGCUCAGGAAAGUGCCGCACUGCAAAUUUUACUAGAAGCAUGUUUAGAGACUGAAGAAGACCAAUCUAAACCUGAACUUAUGUGGGCGCUAAGGGAAGUCAGAAGUAUAAUUUGUUCGUUUCUCCAUCAAAUAUUUAUUUCGGAACCGUCACUAGCUAAGCUAGUUCAUUUUCAAGGUUAUCCAAGGGAACUUUUACAAGUUACCGUGCAAGGUAUACCAUCUAUGCACAUCUGUUUAGAUUUCAUUCCUGAACUUCUAAGUCAAGCUUCCCUCGAAAAGCAAAUUUUUGCUGUGGACCUUGUAUCCCAUUUGUCGAUUCAGUAUGCGUUACCAAAAGCAAUGUCGAUUGCGAGAUUGUGUGUCAACACUCUUUCCACACUUUUAUCAGUUCUUCCAAGUGACUUGCGCCUCGAACUCUUUCAGCCGGUAUUAAAAUCGCUUGUACGAAUAUGUAUAGCAUUUCCUUCCCUCCUUGAAGAUAUUACGUCUCUGUUAUUGCAGUUAGGAAGAAUAUGUGAAUCCCAAGUUUCCCUCGGGCACUGUUGGAAUGAUACCAAUAUACUAGGAGAGGGGGCGUAUGUUCAGUCAGAUGUUCAGAGAGACAGUAAAGUAUUAGUUGCAGAAGUUUUGUGCAGAGAUAUUAAAAUAACAAUGUCUGAAAUAAUUCAAAAAGCUCUUCUUAAUGAUAAGUUAUAUUAG